AUGAAAAGACACGCUGUGGAUCAUCACGGAUGUCGUGUCUUCCAAACUCAUUCAGGCCCAUCGACUCUCUCUGUUCGCACACCUCGGAUGAAGAAACGGCCUGGGAAAUCCAUGUCCAACUUUGCCAAUAAGCAAAGACGUCAAGACGUACCCCAACCUCUACUCCUCAAGGGUUCUGUCACUAUCGGUCCAGGACCUGGUGUACGAGAAUGUAUUGAUGUCGAUGCGGGCGACGACGAAAUGGAGAGAUUACCUUCUCUCUCCCCUGAUUCAUCUAUAUUUCAUUUCUUCCCAGAUAAAUUACCAUCUUUAUCACCCGAUUCAUCAGAUAUUGAAGAUGACCAAAUCGUCACUCCCCCAAAUAUACAAAUACAAUCAUCCUCCAGAUCUUUCCAGAUGAAUAACACAUCUCCGACUCCAAUCGGAAACGUCGUCAACCAUUCGGACCACUCUCAAUCGAAAGGAAAAGGAAAGACGGCACCAACUUGGGUUGUACGUACACCCACACCUACCAAUGUCAUGCGAACGUCACUUUCCAAUUCAUCUUCUAAUCCGGAAGAGAAGACCGACUCAGACUUAAACUCAGAUUCCGAGUCGAUCCUCUUCGUACGGUCCUCGGCCAAUCCAGGUUUCAGAGAUGAUUCAAGGAAAGGACCGAAUAAAGAACAUCAACAAGGGUAUAGUCAAACGACGAGUGUGGAUGGGGAUGACGAUUCGUCAGAAGUAGAUCCUCCCCCUUCUCUGAAAAUAUCAACGGACGAGACGGAUGAAUUGGAAAGUAGUGCAUCUGAAGCAGAUCUUACAUCUGAGGAUCUUGCCAUCUCAAACGUCAUUUCCCCAUUUUCGACACUUGUCACUGCUGUUCCGGGAUAUAAACCAGAGGAAACUGCUGAUAUGGAUAUCAAACCUACUCUCGAGAUACGCCGGAUCGGAGUUGGUACUACGACUUUCAACAGUCUGACUGGAUCGAAGAAGAAACAUUUGAAAGAGGGUAAAAAGAAGACAGGCGGAAAGUCGAAUAAGCAGGUAAAGAACAAGUUCAAGUCAUUUGGCAAUCAACUCAAUCGAUUAUCUGCUCGUUCAUCAUACACCACCCCGAAUCGUCUCUCAUCUUCACAAUCACUCAAUCGCACAGUUUUUGGUGCGUCGAUCAUUCAAUCUCCCAACCUCGGUCGCGUCGGUCAACCAAGCUCACAGACUCAUAACGGUGCUCACAAAGUUCACCCAUCUCCUCAAUCUUCCAACCUUGCCCCAAUUCAGCAUCCAAUCGGUCGAACUCGGAAUUCGAUUUUCACUCGCCCCGGAAUAUUUUCAAAACAUCCAAACGCCCUCACUCCAUCGACAAAACCUACCUUUAAGACCAGUACCGGAAUGACAUACCAGAGCGCAAACAACACUCAAAAUGCACUCACAUCUGCUGAAGACAUGUCGAAGAAAGGGCUUGUCAAUACACCGAAAACAAACGAAGUCCCCACCACACCUCCCCGUCAUCAAUCAAAAAACAAACUGGCACCUUUCGUAGAAGGAGCUAUCGAGGUGCUUUCUGGUUCGAGCGAAAGCGAUGUUUCUCCUUUAGUACCAAGUAUGCACACGAUCAUGGUCAGAUCUCAAAGUCCUACUCAGACCAUGGUCACUUCCAAUCGAAAAACCUCCUCACAGCUUGUUCAUUCUACCAAAAUCAUUCCGUAUAUGUCCAGUCAAACUUCCCCUCGGACAACAUCAAAGAUCUCGAAGGUUCCUCCUUUGAACAUACGACCCACACCGAUCAUCGACCUAUCGAAAGAGCCGACUGAAGCCAAACCUCAUGGUAUCACCUCACCUCCCAACGAUGUGAUCUCGAAAACGUCUAUUACACCGGAUAAAGUGGUAUACGAUACUGGAGUCCAGACUGAGCCUUCUUCUGCCAAAUCGGAAUUUAUGGAAUUCCCAGAUUGCGAAGCAUGUCUUAACGCCUCUGUGACGUUGAUGGGAUUAUGGCAUGAUAUGCAUUUAUCACAUGGCAGGGGGACAUAA